AUGCUGGAGGCACGUCUGCGCGAGGCUGUACUCCUCAAAAAGGUGCUCGAUGCCGUGCGCGAGCUCAUCACCGAUGCCAACUUUGAAUGCUCCGAGGACGGCAUCCGUCUCCAGGCGAUGGACAACUCGCACGUGGCGCUGUCGGCGAUAGAGCUUCGCACCGACUGUUUCGAGGAGUUCCGAUGCGAUCGACCCAUGUCGAUCGGCGUGUCGCUCGCGUCGCUGGGCAAGAUCCUCAAGGGCGCGAACAACGACGACGUGCUGUCGCUCAAGAAGUCCGACGACGGUGACACGCUGCAGAUGACGUUCGAGUCGCCCAAGUCCGACCGCGUCGGCGAGUUCGAGAUGAAGCUCAUGGACAUCGACUCGGAGCACCUCGGCAUCCCGGACACCCAGUACGAUGCAGUCGUCAAGAUGUCCUCCGGCGAGUUUGGCCGCAUUUGUCGCGAUCUCGCCAACAUCGGAGAGAGCGUCAAGAUCGAGGUCUCCAAGGAGGGCGUCUCGUUCUCGGCAGAGGGUGAGAUUGGUGCGGCUAGGAUGACGCUCAAGCAGGGCUCGGCCAGUGCUGCGCUGGACGAGGACGAUGAUGACGAGGACGUCAAGCCGGCCAAGAAGAAGCGCAAGCAGGAUGGCCCAAGCACCGGUGGUCAGGUCCCCGUCAAGAUCGAGAUGCAACAGGCAGUCAACCUCACCUUCUCGCUCAAGUACCUCAGCAACUUUGCCAAGGCCGCCCCGCUCGCCGACGAGGUGCAGCUGCAUAUGAGCAACGAAGUUCCCCUCCUCUGUGAAUUCGGCUUCGAAAACGGAUACGUGCGAUUCUACCUUGCACCCAAGCUGUCCGAGGACGACGACUAG